GAGAUGCACCAAUCUUGAGCUUGAAGGAGGUGGUACUUGAAUAUUAACCAGCUCUCUUGGACCCCUCUACCUGCUAGAACCCUAACCCAUGGGGUUCCUCCAAGCAGGUCUUUAAAGAGGCCAAAGUCAGCUCUCCUGAAGUCCCAGGUUGUUAUCCUACUUUUGUCCUGCUUCUUCCAUGCAGGAUCAUGAACUCCACCAUUCCAUGGUCACUGGAACCAAGGCUGAACCCAACCUUCACAUCCCCAACUAGAGUUUCUUUGUUAGUACAAGGUCCAGCCUCUCUGCUUGUUGGUUCCUGCACCACCUGUGUCAAAAAGUUAUCACCAAUGCUCUGCAGAAGCUUCCUGGGCUGUGCAUGCUGGACUGUGUUGCCUUUCCAGCAAAUGUCAGGGUGGUUGAAGUCCCCUAUGAGAACCAGGGCCCGUGAUCAUUAGGCUCCUUUCAGGUGUCUCUAGAAAGCCUCAUUGACUUCCUCUUUCUGAUCUGGUGGUCUGUAGUAAACACCCACAACAUUGUUUUUCUUAUUAGCCUGCUCCUUAAUUCUUACCCAUAAGCUCUCAAUUUGUUCUUCAUCCACCCCUUGGUACAGGUCAAUACAUUCCAGUUGCUGUCUCGCAUAAAGAAGAACUCCCACCACCUUGCCCCGCCACCAGCCGCCCACGACAACAUUCCAGCCAUGGGAGCUAUCCCAUCAUGUCUCUGUAACUCCAAUGAGAUCAUGGCCCUGUGACCGCACACAAGUCUCUAGUUCUGCCUGCUUACCCCUGGUGCUGCAUGGUUGGUACACGGGCAUUGCAGAGAGGUAGUAGAGCAUGAGACUUCCCUGGAGGGGAGCAAGAGGAUCCACCAUAGCCAUAGACACCACUGAGGUGGUUGGCCUUCUGGAUCUUAUCUUGAGAGACAGCUAAGGAACUCUUGUCACUGCUCUGGUUGGCCUGACUCAUUCCCCAGUUGGAUGCGAUGGCCUGAGCCAUUGUGGACCCUCACCCCCCGAGUCCUUUAGUUUAAAGCCCGCCUCACCAAGUUGGCCAGCCUGCUGCCAAAGAUUCCCUUUUCUAGACAGGUGGAUUCCAUUCCUCCCUAACAUGUUAUCCUAGCUUAGACAAGGCUCAAGGUCAUCUGCCUUGAGGAAUGUGUAAGAAUCAUUGGGAGCAGAUGUGAGAGAGAAUCUCUUGCAUGAGGUGGUCUUGUGCUUUGAAGAGUUAUUGUCCUUCCCAGGCUGCCUUGUAUUGGCUGUUAAAGAAGGGAACAACUGGGGCUUUUCCAUAUUCAGCUGUUCUGAUGUUGCAAAGAGAAGAUUUGAGUUUCUGUACUGAACAGCAUCAGACAAAACUGAAAUAUUGAUUAGAUGUUGAUGCUUUGUUUUGAAUUUGUUCUGUUUAUUCAUGUUCUUGAAUUUUUUUCAGGAAGAUGCAAAAGUUUACAGGAGUCUAAUAUGCUUCUCUGUUUGAUAUUCUACCUCAGAAGCUCAUCAUUGAUGAGAAGAAAUACUAUCUCUUUGGGAGAAAUCCUGAUCUGUGCGAUUUUACCAUUGACCACCAGUCUUGCUCUCGGGUCCAUGCUGCCUUGGUCUAUCACAAACAUCUCAAGAGGGUUUUCCUCAUAGAUCUAAACAGCACACAUGGCACAUUCUUGGGUCAUAUCCGUUUGGAACCUCACAAACCCCAGCAGAUACCCAUUGACUCCACGGUCUCAUUUGGCGCUUCUACACGGGCCUAUACUCUGCGAGAGAAGCCUCAGACACUGCCAUCAGCCGUUAAAGGAGAUGAGAAAAUGGGUGGUGAAGAUGAAGAGCUGAAGGGCUUGCUGGGCCUCCCAGAGGAGGAGACAGAACUUGACAAUCUGACAGAGUUUAAUACAGCCCACAACAAAAGAAUUUCCACACUAACCAUUGAGGAAGGGAACUUGGAUAUUCAGAGACCGAAGAGAAAACGGAAGAACUCCAGAGUGACAUUCAGUGAUGAUGAUGAAAUCAUCAAUCCGGAGGAUGUGGACCCUUCUGUUGGGCGUUUCAGGAACAUGGUACAGACAGCAGUAGUCCCAGUUAAGAAAAAACGGCUGGAGAAUCCAGGAGCAUUGACAACAGAUGAUUCUGCAUCACGACGUAUGCAAAACUUCCCCUACAGCGGAGGAUUAUACGGUGGUUUGCCCCCAACUCACAAUGAGGCGGGUUCCCAAUCGCACGGCGUCCAUGGGACAGCACUCAUCGGGGGGCUGCCGAUGCCUUACCCCAACCUGGCCCCAGAUGUGGACUUGACUCCUGUUGUGCCCUCAACAGUUAACAUGAACCCAGCUCCAAACCCUGCUGUCUUUAAUCCUGAAGCUGUGAAUGAACCCAAGAAGAAGAAAUACGCAAAGGAGGCAUGGCCGGGCAAGAAGCCAACCCCCUCCCUCCUGAUCUGAGUUGGGGUUUGUUGAGUUACGAACUCCAGAAACUGUUCAUGUGCAGUAUCGUCUUUUUAAAAUUUCAAUGUCCUAACCAGAUGUAACACCAAGAUUGGAGAAGUGAAAUAUCCUUUAAAGAUCUGUCUUCAAACGUUUUUAUAUGUCUGUUUAAAAGAAAAAAAGAAUGUACAGCUCCCAUCUCCUUAUAUAUCUGGCAGCCUUUUCUUAGCCAAUUACUGGUCCCCAGAGGUGUUUACUCUGAAUUUCAAGGGGCAGAGUCAUACAAUUUAAUUACCGUUUAUGGCAUGACCCUGCAAAUUUGUGUAUUUAGGUGUCGUGCUUACUAUGAGUAACGUUUUUCUUGCUGGACUUGCUCAUAGCAGGUCAGCUGUAUCAGACAUAAAUGUCUGUGGGGCCAAGCCUUUCAGAAAUCCCAUUGAUAUGAGUUCCAAAACUUGCAAAAUAUAGGUCAGCUUUUAUUUUUUUAAAUAUUCAAAGUCCCACCAAUGUGGGGUGUUACCUUUUUUUUGUUGCUGUUUUUUUUGGUCACAACUUGUUUUAAUUUCCACCUAAAACACUACAGCAUCCCUUUAGAUCAUGAGAGCGUGGAGCUGAGAUGGUCGAGGAGGAGGAGGUGUGCUACCCCAGCUGUGGUCCAGCGCGGUGCGAUGGAGAGCGGUGAGGGGGGGGAGAAGAGGAUGUCCCCCAGCUGGAGCCGAGGGCAGCGUCCCAGCCUGGCAGCCAUCUACACUGUGCAGAGAGUGAAGUAGGGCUGACUUAAGGUGGAGUUAGCACAGAGGAGAACAGUUUCUUUUACAGUUGGUGGCCCUUUUAAAUAGUUUCACUUUUAUUUACAAAUGGAACUUGUGAGCUUAGGUAUGUGUGAGAUGCAACAAGACACACAUAAAGAUGAGCAGGUGUCAGAGGACUUGGUGUUUAACACUUACAACCCCAAUCUGCAUUCUCUUCUGGCUGCUAGGAGCAGUGGGGGAAAACUGAGUGCUACUCGAAGCUAGAAUAUAAAUUCUCAGUAGAGAAUCUCCCUCUCCUUGAAUAAAGCAGUGCACAAGUUGGUUUCACAUUAUUAGAUUUUUUGAUGACUUCAUCACUCUCCCAUUGAGUAAAAUGAGCAGCUCAAUUUGGAUUGUUGCUCUGGCCCUUCACAUCCUCGGGUUUACGUUUCAAAAUCUGAUUCAGAUGCUGUGCCUUUACUUUACACAAGGUAAGGCCAGAGCUCUGUUUCUCUUAAGUUUCCUUUGGCUAUUUUUACACUCUCUAAUGCAGUUCAGCUGCCCUGUCACGUUCCGGUGUUGUGUGGGGGUUUCUCCGGGAGGUGUGCGCUGAGGUGACCGUGUCCCUGCUGGGGCUGUGCGGGUGGGACGGGGGCUGCAGUGGAGCUGCGGCGCUGCCCUGCGUGGGACAGAGGUACAGAAUCAGUGUGACUUCUGCAUCGACAGAGCGAUUGCUUCUAUCAUGUUAUUGAGGUAAAAAGGAGCUGGCAGCUGCCCCGUUUACAAGAGCAAUGGCUUUAGAGACUGGUUUGUUCCCCUCCACGCACCGUCCUGUCAUACGGAUGGGUACAGAACCUUCUCCAGGAUACAGCUGCGCCGCUCUGUGUUUAACUGUCAUAUUAUUGAAUAUGAUUCAGUCUUCAGACAUUCUGCUUCCAAACACUCCAUGUUGACUUCUAAAAUCUUUCUCCCUUUAUUUUUAGUUUUGCUUCUUCCUGGUAUGUAGAAUUUUCUUUUUCCAGCCAGUCUGCUUUAUGAAGGCAGCUCUCUAGCGUAAGACUAGUUAGGGCAAGUAAAAGUUGAACAGAUUUCUUCUUCCUGUUUUUUCCAUUUUGGGUUGUGUUUUGUUUUGGGGGGAUGCGUGGGUGGUAAUUAUUUUGGGUUUUUUAUGAGUGGCUCUUUGCAAGAUUUUUCUUGAAAAGGGAAGCUUUACUGCUCAUUGGUUUUUAAAGCUCUUCUCCCCCCUGGGUUUGAACAAGCUCUCAUUAUUUUAGAGCUUAGAGGCCAUAGCUGGCCGUUACCAGAGGGGACGGUGUAACAUCUAGGGGCUUGUACAGAAGUUUGUACACUUGUGUAAUAUGUAAUAGGCCUUUUCACACUUUCUGUUGAGCUUUUUACCUGUAACCUUUACUAUGUUGUAAAUAAAAUGCAGAUUUUGCCAGUU